AUUGUGGGGCGGAGGCGGCCUUUCUCUGCGUACAGGCGAUCGGGAAAUCUUCAAGUAAAUAACGUUAACAGGGGGAGGAACAGCUCGAGCGCUGCCUGUGAAAAAACCCAACACAUCAAACUGUGUUGCGCUUAGCCUUAAUAAUUAAUAAUCAUUACAUUUAACAAAUAUGGGGCAGGAGGAUCUCAUGAACACAGCCGAAGACGUGGCAGACCAGUUCCUGCGGGUAACCAAACAGUACCUGCCCCACCUGGCACGUCUUUGUCUCAUCAGCACUUUCCUGGAAGAUGGCAUCCGUAUGUGGUUUCAGUGGAAUGAGCAGAGAGACUACAUUGAAGGUACCUGGAGCUGUGGCUACUUCCUGGCUACUUGCUUUGUGCUGCUUAACCUCAUAGGACAGCUGGGUGGUUGUGUCCUCAUCCUCAGUAGAAAUUUUGUACAAUAUGCCUGCUUUGGACUAUUUGGCAUCAUAGCACUACAGACUGUUGCAUACAGCAUUUUAUGGGACCUUAAAUUUUUGAUGAGGAACCUCGCCCUUGGAGGUGGUCUGCUUCUGCUGUUGGCUGAGUCCCGUUCAGAAGGAAAGAGUAUGUUUGCUGGAGUUCCCUCCAUGGGGGAGAGUUCACCGAAACAGUACAUGCAGCUGGGUGGUCGAGUACUGCUGGUGCUCAUGUUCAUGACCCUGCUGCACUUUGACUCCAACUUUUUCUCUAUCCUGCAGAACAUGGUUGGGACUGCCCUCAUCAUCCUCGUGGCAAUUGGCUUCAAAACCAAGCUAGCAGCAUUGACCCUGGUCGUGUGGCUCUUUGCUAUCAACGUCUACUUCAACGCUUUCUGGACCAUCCCUGCUUACAAGCCCAUGCACGACUUCCUCAAGUACGACUUCUUCCAGACCACCUCGGUCAUCGGCGGGCUUCUACUGGUCGUGGCACUUGGACCUGGCGGAGUGUCCAUGGAUGAGAAAAAGAAAGAGUGGUAGGAAAAGAGGGGGGUAAGGAAAAGAGGAUUGCACAGCACCACUAACUUCCCCCAUCGAAGGGACACAGAGACCCUCCCUCUGUUCCAGUUCCCCCUCACAAGGGUACACUGUUUUUUUGGUUUUCCCGAUUUUUUUUUUUUUAAUUUAAUUGGCCAAAUCAACAGAACCACAUAUGGACAAUUAUUUUUCUAGUUUCACUCAAACAUUGGGUUUUUUAGUUGUACUUAAACAAUGCCAGAUUUUUUUCUAAACACUUCUUGUGCGUCCUCUCUCGUGUAUUUCAAAGGUUAUUAUCUAAUGAAUAAGUGGAAGAAAAGAUGAUUUGUUCCAUGUGCAGAAGAAGCUGAACACAAAUGGUAUAUUGUGUUAUGUGGGUGUAAUGCCAUAAGUUAUAGUAGAUUCAUGUUCAUAUUUUCUCAAUAAAACCCAAAAAUCUGAGGAGUACAGCAGUUUGGGUUCCCCUGAUGGAUGCUAAGCUCUUUCUGCCGUUGGAUCUUGGAGACUUAAUCCUCAUAGCGAUGAGAACAUGGGCACUGAUUUGACUGCAAUUCGCCUUGCCUCUCCAGGUUUGAUCUCCCCUUUCUAGUUUUCUUUUCUGCCUUUCAGUAAGUCUGCACACCUUCACUCUUAACUGACACUUGUUUACGGGGGGAGUCGAAUCCAAGGGGGAAUGUGUACAUUGUGUACAAAGUGGUGGAAUGCAGUCGUGCUUGAUUGAAAAUUUCAACACAGUUGUUAGCUCCAGGACUUGGUAUUAGGCACUGUACGUCUUGGGCAAAUGCCUAACUAGUGAACUGUUUAUGAUUGGGGAAAAUAGGGGGGAGACUCAACAUUUGUGAAACAUCAUAUUCUGCGAUCUAGAAAAGCAAAAAAGGACUAAGCAGAGUCACUAGCCAUUUGGACUUUGUCUUUGCUCAGUGUUUUUUUUUGCCAUGUGUAAGAAAAAAAAACAUAUUCAGUGUAUUGAUUUUCAGAAGUUUAUAUUGUAUUUUUGAUCAUUUGUUUUUUGAUUUUGGAAGUUCAUGGCGGAGAAAUAAAAACACAAAAACUUAAAAGUCAUUGUCUGGGUUGAAAUUUUUAGCAUAACAGUCAAAUUGGGUGAAACUAAUGUAUGAGCCUGUCUUGUAAAUGCUUUGUUAGGACUUGUUGGGUCCUGCAACAGAAAAUGGGGGUGAAAAUCUCAGGAUCAGUGUUUUACAGUACUGAAUGAAACAAAAAUAAUGCCAACACUUACAGCAUCUAACUUAGGAACAGAUGUGUUUUUAGGAACGCUGUGGAAUCAGCCUCCAAUGACAGGUUGAAAACUGAGCAAAUACUGGCCUCCAGUGGACAUUCGUGGUACAGUUUUUAUUGCAAUGAAGCACUGUAUCAUAACCCUCAAUUUUUUGUGCUCUUUACUCCAAACUCUUGGAGUUGCUCAUGUUGCUGUUCCACUGUUUAUGAAUUGGUUUAAAGGUGGAUCAAAAGGACAGUUUCCUUCUAACUUUGUCAGAAAAAUACAUUUAAAUAUACAGGAUAUUUUGCAAGACAGCAGUGGUUUGAGAAGAGUAAACUUUGCCUCGGAUCAUCUCAAAACCACUCAUUUAAAUUGUAAUCCCAGGGCCCUGGCCUUGAAAUACUAAACUAAACAGUUCAUAAAGUCUUUUUUAAAAAGCUCAACUUCAAUCUAUUAAUAGAUUACACAUAUAGGAGCAUAUCAGUUACAAGAACAAAAAUAAGAACGGUACAAGUUAUGUGGGUUAAGUAUGUUGUGAUGGACUUCCAAAAUCUGGUUAACAAAAAUUUGCUUUAAUAUUACCUUAUAAAAACAAUAGUUUCUCAGGGGUAAAAAUGCAGCACUAUUUCUCCACUGUGAGGUACAUAAUACAUUUGCUCAUUUUCUUCUCUAGCAUGGCAUUUAUACAUAUUUUGACUGCUUUUUCUUGUCCUCCCCUUCAUAAAAUACCUGGGUCAUGAAUUGUUAAAAGUCUUAUUGCUGUUGGUAACAGGGAUCUCCUGAAUCUCUCCGUUCUGCAGCACAGAGAGAGAAACCUGCUGCUGCCCCUGUGCACAAAGAGGAGGCUGAGAGAGGGGUACUUAAAGUAUUUUCUUUCAAAGAAGGGAGACACAGAGACUUGUUUUCUAAGUUUUUUCAUUCACAAAAAAACUUUGUUUUUUUCUAAUAGCAGGGUAGCACAGAGGAUGUCUUAUCACAUUUUUUCUCAAGGAACAUGAACUAGUAGGCACUUGACUUUCUCCAUUAGAAGACUUGUUUAAAGGAGUUACCGAGGAAACAUUGCCACUUUAUUUCGCUAGGAAUAUACCUUAGUUGGCACCUUAUCACAUUUUCCAUCAGGAGGGAGCUUCAUAAUUGUUUCUUCACUCAAAGGGGAGAACUCUUAAGGUUUCUUAAAUAUCAGGGGACUGCAGAAGAAACUUUAUGUCCACUAAAAACUUAUCCUGGUGAUCGCUUUAUCCUUUUUUUCCACAUUAAGAGGGGGUUUCAUUUUUUAGAGCUGUACUUAUAAAAAGUUUUUUAUCAGAUGUCAGGGUACCUUGGGGGACACUUCAUCACAUUCUCCUCUAGGAAUGUACAGUGAUCACAUUUUCUGAUUUCUCUUUUCCUACUAGAUUUGUGAUUGUCUAGAUGGGUAAUUUAUCAGGUUUCAUCUAUAACAAUAUGAAAUUAAGACAAUUUUAGUGUGUUUCCUCAAGUGGAGAGGCUUUAAAGAAUAUUUGUGUCUGCACUGCCAAAACUCUCAGUGAUUGUUUUGUAAUGUUUGCUUGCAAACUGAGCACAAAAAAGCAGCACUUAAUUGUUUGGUUUUAUGUCAUGGUUACAUAUGGUUAUGUUUUUUUAACUGUUUGUCAUUUCUAGUCUCUUAUGGAUGAUCCAAAACGUUGUUUAAGUUUAUGAUGUUUGUGUUAUAGAAAUUUUCAUUAAUUCAAUAUGCGCCAUAGUUAAUUCUU